AUGUACGCUGCCAAGCAUGGCUAUGUGCAAGCGGUUGAGUCGCUAGUGGAGCACCGCGCCCCGCUGGAGCAAGAGGACGGCGACGGCUUCACAGCGCUGAUGUGGGCCGCCAGAUUCGGCCAUCCGCAGGUGGUCGAGACCCUUUUGGAGCAUGGUGCCCGGAUGGAGGCCCAGAGCCCAAGUGGGUGGACUUCACUGAGCCUGGCUGUGUCUUUCGACCAUCCUGAGGUGGUCCAUGCUCUCCUUAGGGCACAUCCCCUCCAUGACCCCUGGGCCUUAGACCCCCACACCGGCGCUCCUCUCUGGACGGAGAUCAAGAAUGAGACGCUUCGUGGCUGGUGGGAGGAGCAGAUGAGCGUCUCUAGCCUGGUCAUGCAGAGCGCCCUUUGCUGGGAGACCUACGCCGCGCUUUGCGGCGGCAUUCUUGCAGCGAUUGCUCUCGUGGCGGCCCAGGGUGGUAUCGACAAAUCACUGUGGCAUCGGGUAGUCUACCGCCCUCUCCAUGACACCCACUCCAUGGCUGUGGAAGACUUCCGCCAAGGAGCCCGGCUAAUCGUAGCCAAAGCGAUUCAGCCGAAAGUCCAGGGAGCCAUGCUCAAAUCCUACCGGCUCCUCGAAGUUUGCAGCAAUGUCGUAUUUGUCUUCGGCACGAUGAUGCUGCAGAAGUGGUGGGUCUUCUUUCUACCGGUGACCUUUGUGUCCUUCCUGGGCCCUGCCGUCUUCCAGUGGCCCUUAGCCAAGCUCAGCCGUAGCCCUGCGUUGGCCAUCGCUGUACGGGGCCCCAGUGGCGCCCUGAUUGCCCUCGUCCGACUGGGAACCCUACUGGCGCUCUGGGUCUGCAACUGGGCUCCUAUGAACCCCCUCCUCGGGCAAGUCAUGUUGAAGUGGAGCUCGGCGUGGGCUCAGCAAUCCCUACUUGAAGAGCUUCCUGUGGACAGGCAGAACCUCACCGGUCUACAGGACGACCUCUCCUCUCUGCAUCUCAACGUCACGGCCACGCAGGGUGCGACUGCGGCGAUCCUCAGGAGGCUGGACCUUGAUUUCAUCAUGAAGUUCUUCCUCUUCGUCACCGGCGCCCUCUUGGCCGCCUACCUGGCAUCGCUCAUCUUUCAGCUGAUGUACACUGCCCGAGAGCAGUUCGCCCUUUCAGAGGACGACGAGCCCACUUCCCCAGAGGAGGAACGGGAGCUGAUACGAAGGGUUCUGCGAUCGGAGCCCGAGAGUGAUGGUUGGCCGCUUGAGGUGGCACCCGAGGAGGCCUGCAACAUGUCCAUGGACAGCACCUAUGCCAGGAUGUCCCUGUACCUCAUGGACAUGCUUUUCGACAUGAACACCAUCUUCACGCUGGUCGCCUCGCGAAACUUCAAGUUUGCGUCGGCCCUGACGGCGAUUGUCUUCCGGACCGUUUUUCAGGAGCUUGUUUACGGCAGCCCGGUGAAAAUCCGCGAAGCGAUCGCGGCGAGCGUCACCCGAGGCAUCAUGCGCAACGACCUGCUGAACCUCCUCAACGAAGAGAAGGGUUUCGAGGGAGUCUUGAGCCUGGCUUUGACCUCCUACUCCUUCAACUACUGUGUUCUGACCCCGGGCCAGGGAUUCACGCAACUCUUCAGCAUCGCGCUGAGCGCGUACAGCGUGGCGAGCUUCCUGUACGAGCAGGUCGACCUGAAUCUGGCUGAGGAGGAGGACCAAGAAGACUCCACUGACCCAGGGCAAGUGCUGACCUGA